UGGAACUUGUCGACUGACGCUAUGAGUCAGACAAAGCUAAUGCAUAAACUCUCCAGGCACAUGCAAGUCCCUGGCACUGCACAGCGUAGUCCUUCAAUACCUGGACUUGACACCUACACUGCAAUGUGGGGAACAGGAUAGACUGAUCAAGUGUUUGCUGCUGGGAGACAUAAGAGAGGGAUUAUUUCUGAACAAAUGUGCUAAAAGCUUGCUUUGGAUGGACAACCUAAUUACAGCCUCGACUGUCAGCUCUGGUGGAGGUGUUGGAGGAAGUAGCAGAGGUGACCGUUCUCUGAGCGCAGGAGGGUCAGGUGAGCGAGCUGCAUCAGGCGGCACAAACAGCUCAGUUCUGUUCACAUCCAGCAGCUCCCACACCUCCGGCCCCCAUGGAUCAGGAGCCAGCAAGGGCCCCGGAGGCUUCGGCAUCACUACUCGUGGGGGCUCCUCUGCUGUAUCCUCAGGUGGAGGGAGUUCAGCAGCUUCAGGGGGAUCAGGGGCGGGGUUUAGCGCUGCUGGAGGGGGGUCCUCUAGCGUGUCCUCUGGUUUUGGGAGUGGUGGCAGAGAAGGAAUAAGGGAAGGGCUAGGCGCUGUGACAGUUUCAACAGUGGCGAAGACCAGCUACAGUUCAGGAGGAUCUAGGGCAGCGAAGAAAGGAUCGUCCUCAGCAGUCACUUAUUCCCCCGGUCCAAAAGAGAGGAAGGGCCUGAUCACCAUGGCAUCAGCUCUCUCAGAUGCCUUUGACGAAAGUUCAAGCACAAACUCCUCUCCCGAGUACACCAGGAAGGAGUACGGUACUUCAAGUGCAUCUUCAAGUUCUGCCAACAGAGGGAGAAGUCAGAGUAGAGAGAGUCAGAUCAGAGCCAGGCUUCAGAGUGCUUCUCCUACAGCAAGAUGGACGGAGCUGGAUGACGUGAAACGUCUGCUGAGAGGAAACCACUCCAUCAGCACCAGCCCCCCCCAGUCCCCCAACAACACGCUGCCCAUCCCCAGGAAGGCCAGCGUGGAAACCAGGAGCAUGUCUGAGAGCUCCAGCACAGAGCACUAUGGCAGCGUUUGGUCCGGAGGUGUGAGCAGUAGCUACAGUUACAAUACCAACCCCAACAACCUGUCCACUUCCUCCACCCUAUACCCAUCAGGAGUUCAGAACAACCUGGCACUCAGCUCUCCCUCUGCAAACAGUGGACUAUAUGCCAGCAGCACUGUUCCUGUGUAUGGUGUUCAGAAUAACCUGGCCAGUACCAGCCCAAUGGUCCUCUCUCCCACUGGAUCCAACACACAAAUAGUGUAUGGUGUGCAGAAAAAUGUGUCUGGGCCUGGACUCAGCACAACCACAGUGAGACCCAGCAGCCCCAUUUAUGACGAGACGCCUGGCAAAGACUUUAAGUUUGUGCUGAUAGAGAAGGAGAAUGCUCCUGUCAAGAAGGAGACAGAGCGGCUGGUCAUGACCAAAGACACAGGGAAGCAGUUCAUGUCUGCUGCACCUGCUUCAGCUUCCUACUCUGGGGACUCACUAACGAGAGAGAAACAGAAGCUCUCAUCCAGCACAAUGGAAGAGGGAACAGAUGCUAAAUCUGCAAGCCUAAAAGUUGCCACAAAAGACAAAGCCACCUACGCAGAGAUCGGUAAAGAUGACUCAGGCUUUAGCUUCUGCUCCUGCUGCAGCUGGUGGAAGUGGCUGCUGGGCCUCCUGCUCAGCCUGCUCCUCCUCCUCGGCCUCCUCUUUGGACUCAUCGCUUUGGGUGAAGAAGUGAAACGCCUCAGGAGCCGUGUUGAUGCUCUGGAAGCCAUUAGUGGCGCUACGUCAGCCAGGUCCAGCCGCCUGUCGGCCUCCUCUGGCAUCAACAUCAUCGACCCACUGGACUCGUCAUACAUCGACAGGAGUGCCUCUGGGUCGACCCUGACCCGCUCUGACAACAGCAUCAACCUGGGGGCUGCUGGGCCGGAACAGGACAGCGCCGUUCUGCAGAGAGCCGUUCAGCAGCUGGUCAGGGCUGAACUCCGCUCGGAUGCUGUUAGAGAUACACUUGCAUACUCACUAAAAGGGGAGAGAGGAGAUCCAGGACCUAAAGGGGAUCCAGGGCUGCUAGGACAAAAAGGUGAUGGCGGCUUUCCUGGCCUACCAGGCCCUAUGGGUCACCCAGGAUUGGAAGGACCAAGGGGACCCAAGGGAAGUGCAGGUGAGCCAGGUUCUGAGGGACCCCCAGGCCAGAGGGGCCGGGACGGAUCGAUGGGCCCCCGCGGAGAGGCUGGACCGCCAGGUUUCGCAGAGAAAGGAGACAAAGGAUCUCAAGGCGAGGCAGGACGUCCCGGUCCUGCUGGUGCUGCUGGACCGAUGGGGCCGAAAGGUGCCAUGGGAGAGCAAGGUGCCUCAGGAAGCCCUGGUGCUCCAGGUCCAAAGGGUUUCCAGGGUGAAGCAGGAGCACCCGGAGAAAAAGGCGAUCGAGGAACACCAGGGCUGGCAGGAACUAAGGGGGAUCAGGGAGAGAGGGGACCACGUGGACCAGGAGGUGAACCGGGACAACCUGGACCACAGGGCCCUGCUGGACCAAAGGGUUCUAAAGGAGCUGCAGGUGACACGGGUUCGAUGGGACUUCCUGGCGUGAGAGGACCACCUGGACUUCCUGGAGAUGUUGGUCCCACAGGUGAACCAGGAUCGCCUGGUAAAAUCGUCGCUCCAGUUGGCUCCAAUACUGUGACCAUUCCCGGACCACCAGGGCCUGCUGGGCCUCCAGGUCCUGCUGGAACCCAUGGUCUGUCUGGUCCUGUUGGCCCUGCUGGUGUCCCAGGACAACCUGGACCUAAAGGAGACCGAGGAGAGAAAGGAGAAAAGGGAGAGCAAGGAAAACCUGGCGAGCCUGGUAGUUCAGAUACUGUCAGUGCCACCCAAACCGUGGCUGGACCGCCUGGCCCACCAGGAACUCCUGGAGCACCUGGUCCUCAAGGUCCUCCUGGUGAGACUAAACAGGGUCCUCCAGGACACAAAGAUCCUGCAGGAGAGCCAGGAAUUGGUUCACCUGGACCUCCAGGAAAGAAAGGAGAGCCUGGCAGCUUUGUGCCUACCUCAGAAACCUUUUUUGCUGGACCACCAGGACCCCCAGGACCCCCAGGCCCGAAGGGUUCAGCAGGUGAACAAGGAAUACAAGGAUACCAAGGUGAACCAGGUCAACCAGGUCUUCCAGGGAGUCCAGGGGAAGAGGGUCUUGGUUUCCCAGGUCAGCCUGGGCCUAGGGGGCCUCAGGGUCCUCCAGGCCCAGAGGGGCCAGAGGGGCCAGAGGGGCCACAAGGACCUAAAGGCGAUACAGGAGUCCCAGGGGCCCCAGGAAUCCCUGGGGUCUCCAUUGGUGGCUCAUACAGUCCUGGUGCCCCGGGCCCACCUGGACCACCUGGACCACCUGGAAGAGAUGGAAGUGGGUCUGGAUCCACUGUAGUGGGCCAGUACAUGGCAGAGUACCUUCAGAGUGACGGCAUCAGGCAGUACCUGGCUGGACCUCCUGGGCCUCCAGGGGCCCCAGGACCCGCAGGGGAUGGGCUGGUGGAUGAUGUGGCCAACCGAGUCAUCGCCUACAUCCAGAGUACAGGGAGAGGAUAUGACGGGACUCCUGGCCCCCCUGGCCCUCCAGGUCCACCUGGCUCCAUCUCUGUCAACGACCUUAUCAACAUAUUACAACAGGAGGAUGUGAGGAGAUACAUUGCGGGUACUCCCGGUCCACCAGGACCUCCUGGAGCUCCAGGCCUCAGCAACUACAUAUUAAACACCCAGGAGGUGGCUGAACGUGUCCUCACCCUCAUGAAUGAGAGGGGGGCGGUAGGUGUCCCUGGACCUCCUGGACCUCCUGGGCCUCCUGGAAACCUGUUAACAACUGGGUACCAAGCACUUGUGGGUCCUCAGGGGCCUCCUGGUUCCCCAGGUAUCCCUGGUCCACAAGGUACACCUGGACCUGCGGGUCCACCUGGCCCACCAGGAUUUGUGAACUUUUACGGGGCCCCCCCUGAUCAAAUCAACCAACUGGUUUCCUAUGUGGAGCAUGCCAGCAGAGAGACGCUCAAAGCAGAACCACAACAAUAUUUCAAGAGUGACAGUGUAAGAGGAGCUGUGUUCGGACUUCCUGGUACGCCAGGCCCUCCUGGACCCCCAGGACACAAGGGAGAGCCAGGUGUACCCGGUGCCAGACACUACAAUCUGGAUACCGAAGAAUUCUCCAGUAUGGCUGUAAAAGUAACUGAUUACAUUAAAUCCCAUGGCUUGCUCCGUGAUCUUGUGAGAGACUCUGAACGUCUCGUUCAAGGACCUCCAGGACCUCCUGGACUUCCAGGAAUGCCUGGACACAGCCAAUGGGUUAGUUCCCGUGAAAAUGUCGUGGAUGUGGUGGAAUACAUCAAAUCGCGCGGUGUGCUGCAUGACAUCGUGGGUGAAUACAACAGUCGUGUCUUUCAAGGACCUCCGGGACCGCCCGGCCCUGCAGGUCCCCCUGGAUACAGCCGGUGGUUUGGUUCCCAUGAAAAUGCCACAGAUCUGUUGGAAUACAUAAAAUCUCAUGGUCUGCUACGUGACUUUGAACGGAACCACAAUGAACGCUCCAUCCAAGGACCACCGGGACCACCUGGCCCUCCAGGUCCCCCCGGAUACAGCAGAUUGUUUGGUUCCCAUGCAAAUGUCACUGAUUUAGUGGAAUACAUCAAAACACAUGGAGCCAUUAUAGGACCGCCUGGGAGACCAGGACAGAAAGGGGAAAUGGGAUUCCCGGGGCCAAAAGGAGAGAGAGGUGAACAAGGGCUUCCAAGGCUAGAAGGACCCCAAGGACACAAAGGAGAAUUCUCUCUGCUGACUAAAAGGAGGAGGAGGAGGGGCGUUGGUGUAUAAGAGUCAAGUUACUGAACAUAUGGAAAUCCUGUUUUAGGUGGAGUUUGUAUAAAUGUGGUGAAUGUACUGAAACAUACCUGUAUCUGUUUUUAGGAAUGAUUUAUGAUUGUAUUUUUAUAUUUCUGAAUAUCUACCGUGCUAAAUUGUCUGUGUGAAAUCAGGGAUUAUGUAUAUCUUUGAAUGAGCUUGUUUGUUACACUGUAUUUGGGGGUGGCAUUCAGCGGGGUGAUAUCUUUUACUUUGUGGGAUUGAAUGAAGAGUUCUCUUACAGGGUUUCCCCCAGUAAAAGUUGUUCAGCCUGGUGGCAAGUGUCUUUUUACGAAGAGGGCCCGGCUGGGGCCAGUCACAGACUGAUGGCAGCAUUAAUGUAGAGCCGCAUAGUUUCUGUGAUAACAGAAUCAUGGACGUUAUCGCGAAAUUGAGAAUUUUAAAAGAAGCUAUAAGACAGAUUCCAUAGGGCUCUACAUUAAGUCAGUGCUGAAAGCUAACUGGAGAUUUGAAAAUAAGACUACUUCUAAGUUUCAAACCGAGUCGUCCCACUGUAACUAGUUUAAAUAUUCUUAAAAAUACAUUAAAAAAUAAUUCCCAGUGGUUUACGCCCGGUGGGCCACCACCAGGCUUGCAUUACACUGGGGGGAACCCUUUCUUAUCUUUUUUAUUCUUGUGGGCAUUUUUAAAUUAGAGCAUGUUUUAUAACUUUUAUAACUAAGAUGAUUUUUUAUUAUACAAUUGUUUAUGGAAGAUUUAACCUUUUUCAUCCCAGUCACAUAAUUACAAGUGUAUUACCUGGUAAAAAGACUACUGUACAACAACUGUAGGACAUAGGUUUAUUUACAGCAAAAUGAAAAUCUACAUUACACAGGUAUUCUAACAACUAUACAUUUAUUUUGAAAAAUGCAUAAUGAUUUUGAUAUGGAUAUAAUUGUUAUCGGUCAACAUUCAGAAUUUAAUCAAUUUGCUUUAUUUAAAAAAUUUUUUUUUUUAGAAUCUACCUGUCCAACAGAACAAGAACUAACAGAUUGGACUUUGUAAUUCUAUUUCUGGAUGCUGCAAACCUCCACUGAGUAAAUGAGCUCUAGUACAGGCGCUGCAGUGUUUUUUUUUAUUUUUCUAUAUAUAAAUAGCUAGCUGAGAAAGUUUUGUAAAAUGUGCACAGCACUCCAUUGCAAUUUUUGUACAUAAAAGUUCAGUUAUUAAAUACCUUUGACUAACCGUAACUCUCAAUAGCCAAUUAAAGAAAAUGAGAUGAUAAAAUGAACCAAUCACGAGUCAAGAUGGCCUAAACCAGUCAGGUCCAUCUUGUUUUAAACACGUUUUUUUUUUUUUUUUUUUUUUACAACUGCAUCAAAUAGCAGAUUGCUUUGACAUCAUCCUACAUAAAACUAAAUGCUAAGAGCUCAUGUUCCGUUUCUUUAUUUGAAUACAGAUGCAAUCAUUGGGAAAUAGUUCAUUUGCUUCACACGGUCAU